AUGGAGACCAAGAAGGAGCUCUGGACUGCCGAAAUGCCAAUUGUCAUGGCCACGGUGAGCGACCAGGGACCGACUGUGAUGUCGAGCUGGGAUGUGGCCGCGGAAAAGGCGUUGGUGCGGAAGAUCGACCUGCAUAUCUUCCCAGUCAUGAUCGUGCUCUUUGUGCUCAAUUUUAUUGACCGCAACAACUUUGCGAACGCUCGGCUUCGCGGCCUCGAGGCGGACCUGCACCUCAGCGAUGUGCAGUACCAGACUUGUAUCUCGAUCCUGCUGGUCGGCUACGUUGUCAUGCAGGUGCCUUCUAACUUGGUCCUCAACGCCAUCACGCGGCCAUCGACGUAUCUCUGCGCCUGUGUCGCCGUCUGGGGUGUCAUCUCCGCCGCCACCGCCGCCGUUCACAGCGCCACUGGUGCCAUCCUCUGUCGUUUCUUCCUCGGCUGCGUCGAAGCCAGCUUUUUCCCCGGCAGCCUCUACUUCUUAUCGCGCUGGUACACGCGCCAGGAGAUGCAGCUUCGCGUCACUGUCCUCAACGCCGGCAACCUGGCUGCCCAGGCGUUUGGUGGUCUCAUCGCCACCGGCAUCCUCACCGACAUGGACGGCGACCGCGGCCUGCGUGCCUGGCGCUGGCUCUUCCUCAAUAAGAGGGGCUCCCUGACGGUGGCCCUUGCCGCCAUGGCCGUAUUCGUCCUGCCCGACUACCCCAAUAGCACCCGCUGGCUUUCGGCCGAGGAGAAGCAUAUGGCCAGUGGCCGGCUCGCCCUCGAUUCCGGCCUCACGCUCGACGGAAAUAUGGACGACGAUGUCACCGGCUUCCAGGGCCUUCUGCUCGCCGUCAAGGACCCCAAGGUCUGGCUUCUCGGAAUCACGUACCACGCCACCAUCAUGGGCUUGAGUUUCGCCUUCUUCUUCCCUACUAUCACUCAGGCUCUCGGCUACAACACCACUGACACGCUGCUCCUGACAGCGCCGCCGUGGAUCUGGGCCAUGCUCGUCUCGCUGCCCAAUGCCUGGCACGCUGACCGCUCCGGCGAGCGCUUCCUGCACUACUUCGGACCAGCCCUAGCCUGCAUCGUCGGCUACAUUAUCUCGGCCACCACCACUACCGUGGCUCCCCGGUAUUUUUCCAUGUUCUUGAUGACCACUGGCUUCGCGUCCGGCUUCAUUAUGCUGGCAUGGAUCUCCAACACCAUUCCCUACCCGCGUGCCAAGAAGGCCGCCGCCAUCGCCAUGGUCAAUGCUAUGGGAAACAUUGGCUCCAUCCCGGGCUCGUAUAUAUGGCCGGCCAAGUACGGGCCGCUGUACGUCAAGUCCUUUGGCGCCAUGAUUGCCAUCCUCGGCUUUGGCUGUGUGUGCGCCUUGUUCCUGCGCUUCUACCUCAUCGCACAAAAUAAGAAGCUCGACCGUGCUGAAAACAUGGCCAUGACUGCUUCUGGCGACGACAGGGAAAAAGCAGUCUCCACAGUUGUCCGCAUGGACAAGAGCUUUCGGUACCUGUAUUAG